AUGGGUUUCCGCUGGACCUCACCCCUGGCUCAGGUGCUCGCCGUCGGCGUCAUCUGCUUCUGCUGCCCCGGCAUGUUCAAUGCUCUCAACUCCCUCGGUGGAGGCGGCCAGGUCGACUCCAAGGUCGGUCAGAACGCAAACGUCGCCCUCUACACCUGCUUCGCAAUCUUUGGCCUCCUCUCCGGUGCUAUCCAUAACAAGCUCGGACCCAAGUGGACCAUUUUCAUCGGCUGUCUCGCCUACGCCCUCUACGUCGGAUCCCUCCUCUGCUACAACCACACCCAGGCCGGUGCCUUCACCAUUGUCUCUGGUGGUAUCCUCGGUAUUGGUGCCGGUAUGCUCUGGACCGCCCAGGGCGCCAUGAUGAUGGCCUACCCCCGCGAACAGGACAAGGGCAAGUUCAUCGGAUACUUCUGGGCCAUCUUCAACAUGGGUGCCGUCCUCGGAUCCGUCAUCGCCCUCGCCAUCAACUUCAACGUCACCGAAGUCCAGUCCUUGGGCGACUCGACCUACAUUGUCUUUUUGGUCAUCAUGGGCGUCGGUACUUUGACCGCCCUCUCCCUCGCCCCUCCUUCUUCCGUCACCCACUCCAACGGCGACCACAUCAAGAUCCAAGAGUUCCCCACCUGGAUCGGCGAAAUUAAGGCUAUCUUGAUGUUGUUCCUCGAGUGGAGAAUGGUCGUCCUCAUCCCCAUGUUCUUGUCCUCUAACUGGUACUACUCCUACCACUUCUCGACGAUCAACGGACGCUACUUCUCCAUCCGCACCCAGUCCUUGAACAACAUCCUCUACUGGGCUUCCCAGAUCUUUGGAUCCUACUCUUUUGCCCGCGUCCUCGACUACCAGGGCGUCAAACGUCGCACUCGCGCUCUCUGGGGAUUGGCCAUCAUCUCGACCGCCUUUAUCGCCACCUGGAUCGGAGGCAUCUUCUUCCAGCGCACUUAUACCAUUGACAUGCCAAAGCUCAACCAUGACUUCAAGGAAGGUUCUUCCUACGUCGGACCUCUUUUCCUGUACAUGUUCUUCGGACUCAACGACGCUGCCUGGCAGACAUACAUUUACUGGAUGAUGGGCGCCAUGUCCAAUGACGCUACUGUCCUUUCCCGCUACGCCGGUUUCUACAAGUGCAUUCAGUCCUGUGGAGCUGCCAUCUCCUGGAGAAUCAACGCCGUUGGCACCCCUUACAUGACCGAGUUGAUCAUCUGCUUUGCCCUCCUUGGACUCUCUAUUCCCGGCGCUCUCUUCCUGGCCUCCAGAAUCCAGGACUACUCUGAUGAGGAUAUUGAACCCAAGAAGGACAGCCACAACUUGGAGAAGUUCUAA